AUGUCGAGUGAUAGAGCGUGUAUGCUCUGCGGGAUCGUGCAGACCACCAACGAGUUCACCCGUGAUGGGUGCCCGAACUGCCAGGGCAUCUUCGAGGAGGCCAGUGUGUCGGCCAUCGAGUGUACGUCGCCGUCUUUCGAAGGUCUUGUCGGAAUGUGCAAGCCUACGAAGUCUUGGGUAGCCAAGUGGAUCAGCGUAGAACAGUACGUGCCCGGGAUGUACGCAAUCAAGGUGGACGGGCGGCUGCCGGUGGAGGUGGUGGACCUGCUGCCGCACUACAAGCCGCGUGACGGGAGCCAGGUAGACUAG